CAAAAUCGAAACGCAUCGGCUGUUCUCCACUUUUCGAAAUCAAAGGAAGAAUUUUUUUAUCGAUUCGACCAUCGGAUUCGUAAUGUCUUCACCUGGAGAAUUCUACAAUUCCCUUCCUCCUGUGAGCAAGGCCUAUGGGACCCUGUGUUUGCUGACUACUGCAGCAUACCAUUUGGGGCUGUUGAAUCCUCUUUAUAUUGCGUUACAUUUUCCUCUUGUGUUUUCACAUUUCCAGGUUUGGAGGCUGAUAACAAACUUUUUCUUCCUUGGAAAAUUUUCUAUCAAUUUUGGAAUUCGUCUUCUCAUGAUUGCAAGAUAUGGGGUGCAACUGGAAAAUGGUCCAUUUGACAAACGAACAGCUGAUUUUCUAUGGAUGAUGAUAUUUGGAGCCUUCUCUUUACUAGUAUUGUCAGCCAUUCCAUGGUUUUCAUCUCCCUUCUUGGGGAUUCCAAUGGUCUUCAUGCUUCUUUAUCUGUGGAGCAGAGAGUUCCCUAACGCUCAGGUCAACAUAUACGGCCUUGUGACAUUGAAGGCAUUUUAUCUGCCAUGGGCUAUGCUUGCAUUGGAUGUGUUAUUUGGUGCUUCUCCUCUGCCUGAUCUGAUGGGAAUCAUUGCUGGACAUUUAUACUAUUUUUUGACCGUUUUACAUCCACUUGCUGGAGGAAGAAACAUUCUGAAGACACCAAUGUGGUUACACAGAUUAGUUGCACGUUGGGCUACAGGAAGACAACAAGCGUACACUUACAGCAGUCCUGGAGCAAGGCCGACGAGUGCUGCUCCUCCCAGCUCUGGUUCUGCCUUCAGGGGAAGGAGCUACAGGCUUAACCAGUAAAGCAAAUCGGAUGCUCAUCCACAGCAAUUGAAGUUCAGUGAUGAAUAUAAGCUAACUGUAAAAGUAAGUAGUUUUUUGUUGGCCAAAAAGCACGUUUUAGGCUGCUUUUUUAUUGCUUUUUAAAAGCUUUUUUGUACAAAAAUUUUUUUAAUGAGAAUUUUUUGUGCUAUAAAGCUGUUUCAGAAAGUAAUAAGAAAGUUGUCCCAAACAUGCACUAUCAAACAUUUGUGUAAGAUUGAUGCUUUAUUCUGAAGAUUAAUGUUUCAUUUUGGACGGCUUUCUUACUGUUUCGUAAAGCAAUUUUUUAAUAUAAAUCUUUAUUUUUUGUUAAAAAGUUACUUUAAGAAGCCAUAAGAAAGCCGUUCUAAACAAAGCCUAAAUUUGUUCCAA